UGAAUCAUCUUUACGCAACAAUUUAAUUCAGUUCAGUAACGAAAGAGUAGAACGCUUCAAACAUCAAUCGAUCGAUCGAUAUCUCGGAGGGAGAUAGGAAAGUUUUGAUGAAUCCAUUUUUGGCAACUCAUGACUUGCUCGACAAAGAAGUUCAACGAUAUAUUCAAGAUAUUUGCUAUAAACUGAGUAGUAGUCAAAAUGAGUUGGAUCGUUCAACGAUUUCACUUCCGAACUUUAUUUUGCUAAGUACAUUAUAUUUCUGCAGCUCCGGAUACAACGAAUAUGACUACCUACAAAACAGCAGGCUGCCCACAAUGUAUUUUCAGAAAUCUCUGCCCCGAUUGCCCAUUCCAAAACUAGAGGAUACGUGCAAACGAUAUCUAAAAGCUCAAGAGCCCAUUCUGUCUCCGGAAGACUUCAAAAAAACAUGUGAUAAUACUGCUGCAUUCCAAUCGAAGGAAGGCCCACAGUUACAAAAAAAACUUCUUGAAAUGGACUCGAGUAACAAGCACACGAGCUACAUAAGUGAGCCGUGGUUCGACAUGUACUUGAGGGAUCGCAAACCAUUGCCAAUUAAUUACAAUCCUUUCAUGAUUAUGGUGCAAGAAGAUAAUGCCAGUUAUAAUGAACCUCUUGUCAAGAUUACCAAUCUCUUGAUAUCAUCCGCUAGGUUCAUGAAUUCAUUGAGGGCCGGUAUCUUGAAGCCAGAGGUCUAUCAUAUGAAUCCCAAAAAAUCCGAUACUCCAUUUUUUCAGACGAUAACAGGACUUUUACCUUCGACCCUCGCAACUUAUGGAGCUUACUUGUUCAAGGCCUUCCCCCUGGACAUGUCUCAGUUCCCGUACCUCUUCGGAACGACACGAAUCCCUGAGAUCGAGAAGGAUAGGAUCUACAACAAUCCUACUUCGCGGCACGUGAUAAUAAUGCGAAGGGGUCAUUUCUAUUCGUUCAAUCUCCUGAACGAAAACGGGGGCAUUCGUUCCCCGGAGGAGAUAGCCUCAAGCGUCCGGUCAAUUCUGAACGAUACACGAGGGCCCAACGAAUGUCCGAUAGGGAUCCUGACAGCCACAGAACGUAAUCAGUGGGCUAGAAAUCGUCAACACCUUUUGAGUCUAGGUAACGAGGAAGUUCUCAGGGAAAUCGAUUCAGCGACUUUUGUUUUCGCUCUGGAUGACGACUCCCUGGAGGAAAAUCACAAUAAACUACUCCGGCACUUUUUGCAUUCUGAUGGGUCGAAUCGCUGGUUCGAUAAAUCUUUUUCAUUGAUCAUCAAUGGAAGGGGAUAUGCCGGAUUAAAUUUCGAACACUCGUGGGGGGAUGGAGUCGCUGUUCUACGAUAUUUUACAAACUUGAAAGCUGACAUAAAAUCAAACCCCAGUUUUCACCCUGAAGAUCAGUCGAAGCUCACCAAUCCAUCUCAGGACGUCAAAAGACUAGUCUUCAAGGUCGACGACGCCCUAAAAGCUUCAGUGAGCCGUGCUCUGAGAGAAUACCACCAUUGGGCCUAUGGAACCCUGUCUCUGGAUCACCAGAUCUCUGAGGUGUUCGGUAAGAAACAAUGUAAGGGCUUCGGGGUGAGUCCGGACGCCGUCAUGCAAGUGGCCUUUCAGUUGGCUCUCUACAAACUCGAGAAACGAUCUGUUCCUACCUACGAGUCGUGCAGCACCUCCGCCUUCAGACACGGUCGCACUGAGACCAUAAGGUCUUGCACGAGUCAGACAAAGGCCCUGUGCAAAGCCAUCGUCGAGAGUGGCUCCUCGAAAGUUAAUGACAAUGAAUUGAAGAAAUUAAUCGUUGAAUGCAGUAAAUCUCACAACGGUCUUACUAAAGAGGCUGCCAUGGGACAGGGAUUCGACAGGCAUUUGUUUGCCUUGAAGAAGGUUUGGGAGCAGAGCAAAGUGCGGGAAAGUCUGCCAGUGAUUUUUCAAGAUCCGGCUUAUGAUAGGAUAAAUAGGAAUAUCUUGUCGACCUCAACGCUGUCCAGUCCAGAUGUCCUGGGAGGUGGUUUUGGUCCUGUUGUGGAGAAUGGAUAUGGCAUUGGCUACAUGAUUCAGGACAAUCGCCUUGGGUCGGUUGUCACGUGCUACAAAAGCCACCGAGAUGCUACUGAAUUUAUUGAUCAUCUUGAAACAUCCUUUAAGGAUCUCCACAGAAUUUUAGAGAGCAAAUGAAUGGCUGUUGGGGAAGGAUGAGUGUACCUUCAAAGGGGGACUGUUUCCUUCUCAACGUUUAAUAAUCGUGCCAACUUGUGAUAUAUUUUUACAUAUCCGUUUUCCAUAUAAGAUAUUUUUUAUAUACUGUUAGGAUUCCAUGGAGUUUUGCAAUGUUUUAUUGAAGAAUGAAAACUAUAAAAAAAUUUUUUAAUCAA